ACUUCAUGACACUCGCCGCUGACCGCAACUAUCCGCAACUCUGAACUCUGACAUUUUAAGAGGUUAUGUUGGGUUAUGAGUUUUUAAAUUACUUAUAAAAUACCAGUAAGGUGUUUUUCGGUUCAUUUUUACUUUAAAUAUCAAUGUUUAAUAUGUUUUGCUUAAGACAACAUUUGAAUAGAACUUACUUACCUAAAUCUUUCCUCUUUAAAUACUCGACAUCAAUCAAACCUAUUUCAAAAGAAAACGAAGAACAUUACGAAAAAGAGUUGAAACAGUUUGAAACUUUGACGAAUAUAACGAAAAGAACAAGGCAGAAAAAAUCUCAAAGACCACCGUUUGUUAAAAAUCUUCUUCUAGGUACUUUCGAUACUGAAAUAUUAACUUUUCCACAAUUAGAAAAAGAGGAAGUACAAAAUGUGGAAAAGGAGACUGAUAAUUUGGGAAAAAUUUUGAAACAGAAACAUAUGAUAGGUGCAAAUUCGCUGUCUAAUAAAAAUUUUAGACAAAAUUUAUCUGAUGUUAAGGCGAUAGGACUUCAAGCGUCCCAGUUUUUAGAUGGACGCGAAUCGACGCCAUUAGAAGUUAUGAAAUAUUUGCAGGUGUUUUCUGAACAUCGUUUAGGGGAUAGUAUUAUUCACCACGAACAAUUGGGACUGCAGACAUUAGUAAAAUACGGUAGCGAAUUGCUUCAAAAGAAAUAUUUGUAUCCAGUUAUAAAAGGAGAAAAGUUGUUAGCUUUUUGUUUAAAUGAAAACAAAAUUAAUGAUAUUCAGGGUUUAAAUACUAAAGCAGAACUGUCAAAAGACAAAAAAUAUUGGAUUUUAAAUGGACAGAAAUCCUAUGUUGUAAAUGGUAUAUCUGCUGACUAUUUAAUAGUUUUCGCUCUUACUGAUGUUGUGAUAAAGGAUUCGGGUAAAGAAGUAAAACUAACAGGAUUUUUGGUUGAGAAGGACUUUCAAGGAGUUAAAUGGGAGAAAAUAGAGGGCAGCGAUAUUGAGUUGGCAAAUAUAGUUUUUGAAAAUACUGAAGUACCUUGUGAAAAUGUUAUUGGUGAAGUAAAUAAUGCAGAAGGUAUAAUCAAUACAAUCAUAACUGAUUUUCGAUUAAGUUGCGGGGCUGCUUGUUCAACUCUAACGAAAAACCUAAUAAAUAAAUUACUAAACAAAAUUCUUGAGGAUUCUAGUGAUAAUUUAGAGUUAUACAAAACACAAACUGAAAGAUAUAAACUUGGAGAGCUUGCAGCGAAUCUUUAUGCAGCCGAAAGUGCUGCUUAUUUAACAGCUGGAUUGCAAGACUGGUACGAAAAUCAAGAUACUGCUGUGGAGAGCGCUAUCGUUAAGGUGUUGUCAUCAGAAGCAGCAUACAAUGCUUCCACUAUUUGUUUAGAUGCCGUUGGACUAUCUGCAGUGUCUAAAAAUCACUGGACAAGAACGCUUCAUGAAAAGGCAAUUGAUUAUCUGACAUUAUACGAAACUAAUGAAAAUCAAAGACUGUUUAUAGCUUUAACGGGAUUACAACAUGCCGGGUUGAGUCUCGCUGAAAAAAUUAAGAAAAUUCGCAAUCCACUAUUCCACGGUGCAUUUACCUUAAUGAGAGCUUUUGCUGGCCAAAGAGAUUUGACAGAUGACCCCAAAUUGAAUUUAGGUUUAAAGCAUUAUUUACAUCCCUCUCUGGGACCAGCUUCUGAGCAUUUGGAGUAUGGAAUUAAAAGAUUGGAAUUUGCCACAGAAAAUAUUCUCUCUAAAUACGGAUUGGAAGUUAUUAAUGAACAUGUUGAUCUGUGUCGCUUAGCUAAUGUGAUUAUAGAGUGUUAUGCAAUGACUGCAGUUUUAGCACGUGCUUCUAGAUCAUAUUGUAUAGGACUUCAGAAUAGUGAUUGUGAGUUGUUAUUAGCUGCGGCAUAUUGUAAUGCGGCAAAGGAUCGCGUUCAGAAGACUGUUAUAUCGCUCUACAGUUAUGUUCAUAAGAAUAUUGAUCAAAAUGUUAUUGACGUAGGCAAGCAAAUGACGAAAAGAGGUGAAUACUUUAUAAAAAAUCCUUUAACUAGAAAUUUCUAACCUUAGUUUAGUUAUUUGUAAGAUGUACAAAAUAUAUUUAUUGUAAAUAAUGUCUGAAAUAAAACUUUUUAUUAAGUAACAUAAUC